GUUGUGAUUGGCCCACAAUGAUCAACGCACGGGAGCAUUUGAAAGCACACGUCUAUCAGCGGACUGGUUCGCGAUAGACGCCUGCUUUCAAACGCUCCUGUGUGUAUCUGUGUAAGCACUUGGUGAAGAGCUUCAUUGAUGACUUUUUACCAUGUUUUUGAAGCGUUGAUCAUUGAAGCCGAUCACAGACAUAUCUGAUGAGUGCGUGAACACAAUGGCCAAUCAGAGCAGAGGUGUUUACAAAUCCGCUCAACGCGUCAUAUUUUUGAAAUUCCAGUAACUAGGUACCAAAGUCGGUACUUUUGACAGCUCUACAGAGGAUAUUAAACAUGUUUGAUAUUUUGAGCCGAUUUUAGAGCACAUAUUGUUUUCAUUUGUCACAUCUCCUAAUUUUUAGCGAAUUGAAAGUCUUUUAUUGCACGAUGCCCAGUUUUCUCCCUGUAACCAUUUACAAAGUUGCCAAAUAUUGUUUUAAAAUCUGUUCAGAUUUUAAAAGUUGUGUAGUGUAUUCCAGCCUUUAAGAAUCAUUCAUGCUAGUGAAUUGGGAUGGUCCAAGCCAUUGAUUCAUCCAUGUCAUCAAUACUACACAUCAGUUUUGGAACUUGACACUCUCAAUUCUCAAUAAAUUUCAAAAUGGAAAAGAGGACGUUCUUCAGAAAUUCACCUUUUGUGCUCAUGCCGUCAUGCAGUCAAAUACAUGAGGGUGAGUAAAUGAUGACUGAAUCAUGGGUGAAGUAUUCAUUUAACAAUUCUCUAUUAUCUACAUGAAAAGAGUAUAAUUUUUUACUCUGUUUGACAUGCUGUAGUGAAUAGUGUGGCAUUCCUCUCUAAGUACAAUUUGGUCUUAGUUGGGAAAGUGAUCUGUUUUCAAAGACCGGAGAUCCAUGACCCAAAACCAUUGUUAGUGAACUCUGUCCUUAGCUCAGGACUGAACAAUACACCUUGUUUGGACAGGUGAUCUUAUUCCUAAUGUGAAGAAGGCUUUGAGUGAGAUAACAGGCUUAGGCGUCUUUUGGAACAAAGGCGUUGGGUUUUAAUCUGACAGCAGAAUUCCCGGUUGAUGCCACACAUUCUCCAUUUCAGAGGGAAAAACGCUUUCGCCAUGUUGAUUAUAAAAACUCAUCAAAGCCUUUCCUGAAGGAUUUUUUCAUUUAGUCAUGUUGUAUCGCAAAUGAAUGUCAUACAAACACCCAAAUGCUGCAAAUGGGCUUGUAAAUGAAUGUCAAUUAUGUGGGCCAAUUAGUGUGAUGUGUUUACUGUGUAAACAGAGGCUGUUUGUUUGUGCUCUCUGCAGAUUUCAACUAAAGCUCUGUUUGUAUUGGGUUUCCUUACUGAACGUUUCUCAGCUGUGAACCUUUUGAUUCUCCCUUAAUGAUUUAAUAUCCAUCUGUUAUAUCUGCGCGUUUUAAGAUCUAAACCUUGUACGCGAUUACACAGAAAGCAAAGCGAGAGCGCCAAACAGGUCUCGCUGGCGGUUGUACGUGUCUUUGAAAGCAUUUGCAGCUCACGAACGGUGCAUUUCCCCCCGUUUUCUCACCGCACUCCAAUUCCAAAUGUCUGCUUUGUCAUAUUAAUAAGUGAACACAGAAGCUGAAGAGUGCCCAAACUUGUCCAUGGAAUACUUCAGAAUGACAGGCCUUUCCAUAUACUCCUCCCCAAAUGGAGCUGGGAGAUAUUACUCAUUUACUCCUUCAGCAUAGCCGAGGUGUGGAUUAGGAGGCAUUAGGUGUCACCGUGGAUGUCUCCUGAAGAGUGAUGCUGAAGAAGCCUCUCUUAAAUGAAGCAUGGAUUUAAUGGUCCCCUAUGAUUGGGUGCUUCCCUUCAAACCCAGCCCUGUUUUACUAGGAUUAUUGGUCAUAGGUGAGUCAUGUGACUCAGGGAGAGGGUGGGACUCACACCUGAUUCAGGUGAGAAAAGAAGUCUUGACUCUGGAGCUAUGAAGGUCUUCUAAGGAGCUCUCUUCCAACUUUGUUCUUCUGUAACCCUUCAGACCAUCUAUUUCUGGAAUUUUCUCUGGACCAAAAGGACCUUGCUGAACUUGGGCCAUGUUUGGCACUGGGCAUUUGGUGUCUCCUCUUUCUUCUGCAGUUUUCCACUCUUCGGCUGCACACUUCUUCCCAGCGUUCCCCAGCAGGUUGAGCUCACCACAGAUCCUCAUCCCCGGGCCUCUGUUCAGCUACGAGCUCCUGCGCAGUUACCUGCAGCCUGAGCCCUGCAAACAGGCUCUGCUAUUGGCCGCUCAGUCUGUAGGACACCAUGCUGAGAAUAUCGAUGAACCCCGGCCAGUGAAGCAGCGGCGAGCUCGGGCCAACUACAGCAGCUGGCAGCUGGAAGAGCUGGAGAAGGCCUUCGAGAGCACCCACUACCCAGACGUCUUCAUGAGAGAAGCCCUGGCCCUCAGACUCGACCUGAUUGAGGCCAGAGUGCAGGUGUGGUUCCAAAACCGCAGGGCUAAAAUGCGCAGACAGAUGAAGCUUCAAAGCCAGGCAGGGGAACAGUGUGUCCAGCACGACAGUGACGACAGACAGAUUGAGUCGUCCAGCAGGAACACAGCUCCAGAGGUCCACAGCAGCAACAGCCCAUGCUGUGACAGGAAACAGGACAGAGGAAGCCCCACUUGGCCCAAACCCUCCUCAUCAGUUAUUCACAGCCCUGUAAGCGACGCGCUUCAGCGACCGAGAGAUCAGGACGGGUCAGAGGUGCCCAGUGCGGAGGACUUCCGCUGCUGCAGCAUUGCCAAACUGAGGGCGAAGGCCAGGGACUAUGAAGCAGAGAUCCACAGCACUGUGGCCAAGGCCAGCAGAGAGAGGCAGCUGAAGACACGGGUAUCUGCCACAGUCCUGGACAGAGACUGAAGCAGCUGUGGCCAUCAUCCAUUACCUCACUCAAAUCCCAUUCAGUUCAUUAUUUAUUAUUAUGCACAAUUACACACUCAAUGAGGUUAAACAAUGUGACUGAAAAAAGCAAACAGAAAUUUCACCACUCUAUUUUGUUCUCAGAUUGUCAUGAUCAGUGUUGGGGGUGACGUAUUACAAGUAACUUGAGUUACGUAAUCAGAUUACUUUUAUCAAGUAACUAGUAAAGUAAUGCAUUACUUUUAAAUUUACAACAAAAUAUCUGAGAUACUUUUUUAAAAAAGUAAUGCAAGUUUUUCACAUGUAUUGACUGACAGCUCUCCUGUCCCCAUGUUGAGAUAAAUCGGGUGUAAGAGGUGUUGUGUGUGAACAUGAUGCUUAUGGUUAUUGUAGUUCUAGACUAAAUGUGAACAGGCAUUUACUAAUCUCACUUGCACAAAAACAGAUUCAGUAUUCCUCAAAAUGAAU